AUGCCUACUUACCAACUAUCUUGUACAAUCAAAACUGUACGAGAGGUUUGGGAGGAGUGGUAUUAUGGCUUACACGGCAAUCCAUCAGUUCAAUCUAUCGAGAAUCAAUGGGGUGCUAGAUGGAGAACAGAUUCUAAGGAUCAUAUGAUGUUUUCAAGGAGAAAGGUUAUUAUCGAUAAGAUCUACUCUCAGAAAUUGAAGCUGUUUGUACAUAUACGUCUGAGUCACCGAUCACGUCGUCCCUGUGGCCUAGUCACCUAA